GCUCCAGGACGAGAUGGAACUCCAGGUCCUAAAGGAGACCUUGGUGAUCCAGGAGAUGAAGGGGACAUCGGAGAACCUGGACCCCCUGGUCUUAAUGGAGCCAAUGGGAAUCCAGGAAAGCCUGGACCCUCAGGUGAUCCUGGGGCAAAAGCCAAGCGAGGUGAGAAGGGUGAUCCAGGGUUUAAUGGAGACCUGGGACCUCCAGGGCCUCCAGGUAAGCAAGGAUUUAAGGGGCGUCGAGGCCCUUCAGGACUUGAGGGAUUUGGAGGCCCAACUGGGUCGCCAGGACUUCCUGGAUCUAGUGGCAUUGAUGGCAUCAUGGGGGAGCAAGGGAAGCAGGGAAACGAUGGACCUAAGGGAGAUCGAGGGCCAAACGGUAGUCAAGGAGUUCCUGGGCCUCGAGGUGACAAGGGUCGAGAGGGUCAAGCAGGAUUUUAUGGGUUGCCAGGUCCAAUUGGAGAGAUGGGGAUAUCUGGAGAGAGAGGACGUGAAGGAGAACCUGGUAUUAAGGGAACGACUGGAUUCCUCGGAGUGACUGGACCUAAAGGCCUAAAGGGAUUUCAAGGUCCUUCAGGUAAUAGGGGUCAGGAUGGACCUCAUGGAGCCCUGGGACGCAUUGGUGCAAAUGGAAAUAAUGGCGACUCUGGCUUUCCAGGACCAAAAGGAUUGCCUGGGAAGACAGGAGCUCCUGGCCUCCAAGGACCUGUAGGGACGAGCGGAGAAGCUGGCAGCAGAGGAUCGAAGGGGACACCAGGAAAGCAAGGACAGAGAGGGGUUAAAGG